AUGGUUAAAGUACAACCAUUGUUGUUGCUGCUGGGAUUAAAACUGGGGUUGUUUGAAUAUUGCAAGUCACUGGGAACUGUAACAGAUAAGCAUAAUGUUGUUAUAAUGGCUGACGAAUCUGUUAAUUUCUCUGAACGGACCGUCUUUAAUGUUCCUCUCUCUUUCGCUACAUCGGUUGUUAAUUCUUUGUCCACCGCUCACCACUUCAUCAGCAUCAAGUUGACCUACAAGAACUACCUAUUCUGGAGAGCUCAGGUUGUUUCGUUUCUUAAUGGUCAUGAUCUUCUUGGAUUUGUUCAUGGUACAAAUCCAUGUCCAUCGGCCACCCUCCCCGUUAACGGCAACGAUUCGGCGACAACACCCAAUCCGGCACACCGUGCGUGGGUUCGACAAGAUCAAGCUUUAUUAUCUAUGUUGAUGUCGUCCUUCUCCGACGAAGUCAUGCCUCUCGUGAUCGAUCACCGCACUAGCCAUGUCGUUUGGACCGCUGUGGUUGGUGCACUGGCUUCAUCCUCUCGUUCUCGUGGUCUAAAUCUGCUCGGCCAAUUGCAAACUCUCUAUCAAGGAGAUAUGUCUGUGGCUAACUACAUCGGCAAGGCAAGGGUUUUGAUCGAGGAACUCACUCUCGCCGACCAACCUAUGACACUUGAAGAACAAAAUCUUUACGUUCUUCGGGGGUUACGGCCAGAGUUCAGGAGUCUCGCGUUGUUUCUCAACGUGCGCGGCUAG